AUGUUCUGGAUCACAGGAGCAAUGCGCUUGGCCGCAAUAUCCAACAAUUGUUGCUGGGUCAAAAACAUGCCUGCUCCCAAAUCAAUGCGUUUGUUAGGAUCAUCCAAGCUUUUGGACACAGAACCAAUAGCUGUGGCAUUCAAAGCUUGGUAUCUGUUCAACAAAUUGGGCUUGUCCUGCAAGCUGUCCAACACUGCCUGGUUGGGAUUCUCAACCGGCUCGUAUUUGGCUCCAGGCUGUGUAACAAGCUCAAUGGGGUUCUCUUUGACCUGUUUCUCAAUUUCGUCAUCACCUUCCAAUUUUUCAGAAUCCUCGAUUGGCUUCUCAGACUCAUGGUCGGCAACCUCUUUGGAAUCCUGUUCAGCAGGUUUGGAAUCGUCAGCAGGUUCAGAGUCCUCGGCGUCAAGAGGUUUUGAGUCGUCAACAAUGGCUUCAGCUGGUGCUUCAGGCUCAAUCUCCUUUGUCUCUGUGACUUCCGAUGUGCCUUCGGCUGGUUUCUCUUCAUCUUUUACCUCAUUCUCAACAGCUGCGUCACUUCCUUCGACCUUUCCAGCCUCAGCAUUCUCAGGCUCAGCAUCAGCAAGUGCUUCCUUCUUAACAUCGGCCAAUGGCUUCUCAGACUCAGCGUCAUCUAAAGGCUUUUCAGAUUCAGUGUCUGCUUCCGCUGUUUCUUUAUCAUCAUGUUCCUUUGCUUCAACUUCGUUUUCAUCCUCUCCAUUUUCUGCUGCCUCGGCUUCUUCCUUUUCCUUGUUUUCCUUUUCCUUUUCCUUUCUCUCCUUCUCUUCCUUUUCUUUCUGCGCAGCUUCCUUCUCAGCUAGCUUCUUCCUCUCUUCUUCUUGCAAAACCUGGUGA